AUGUAUAAACAUAAAUAGACUAAAUAGUGCUCAUAAUGUGACAGUUUAGAUCCAUAAUAUAAUCUAGGAAGUUACAAUAUAAAUAUUUAAUGUAGAAUGUGGACAUUAAUUUUGUCAAAAUUGUUUGUAAACUUUUAAAAGAGAUAUUGUAAAUUCUAAGAAAUCAUAAUUUUCACUUAAAUGUCCUAUUGAAACAUGUAAAUAAGAAGUUGAUUUGAAGAAACUAUUGUAAUAUUUAAGUUUACCUAAUUUAUGUAAAAAAUGCAAUAAAGAAUAAUAAUAUACAUGUAGUCAAUGUAUUGUAAAAGAAAUUGAAGAAAUAGCAAAAAUUAAUUAUUAUUCAAAAUUAUUAAAGUUUGAUUAAUUGAUAGAAUUGGAAAACUAAUAAGAACUUUGUGAAGAUUUAAAAAAAUAUGAAUUAAUAUGUCCAGUUUGUACAGAAUUUAAUUAAAUUCCUGUAAUUGUGUGUUUAUAAGGACAUGAAAUUUGCAAAGAUUGCUAUUAUAAUAUUAGAAAUAUAGAUUAUAUAAGAUAAGUUUGUCCUAUUUGUAAAUAAGAAUUAUUAACAACACCACCAAAUAGUCUAAGAGCAUAAACACUUAUUUAGAAUUUAGUAAUUAAAUGUCCAAAAGAGAAUUGUAAAUAAUAAAUUAAAUAUACUGAAUUUGUAUAAAAUCAUUAUAGGAAAUGUAUUAUUAUUAGUAGUUUUAGGUUGUGAAUAAAAAUAAGAAUGUCCUGAUUGUCAUGAAUAAGUUGAGCAAUUGUUUCUAGAAAUACAUUAAACUAAUUAUUGUAUGGGAAGUUAAUGUCCAUUGAAUUGCAAUAGAAAACUUGGAGUAACUUAAACACAAUAGUUUAGGAUCAUCAAAACAAUUUUAUUAUAGAACAUUUAAUAACUACUAUGAGAUCUAGCGGUGUGUCACAUUCAUUUUUACAUAGAAUUUAAGUUGUUGAAAAAUUUCUAUUUUAUGGAUCUUUUGGAGUAUGUCCAGAUUGUGAAGUUUCUUUUGCUUGGUAAGUUGAUAUUAGAGGUGUUUAAUCAACAUUUUGCUUUUAAUGUUUUAGAUUCACAGGAUGA